UCCCAUAAAAGUAGCUUCAAUCUCUCUUCUCUGUUGCUCACAGCAAUCGCUCAGGAUGGUGGAUCGUCUUUUCGAGGACAUAUUUGAGGUCCUGCGAUUGAACCCAGAUGGCAAAAAGUUCGAUAAAGGUAUCAUCAUCAUCUGUUUUCUUCGAUUUUAUGCAUCAAAAUUGUUUUCACUCAAACUCGAACUGUUGGUAGUAACCCGAGUUGAAGCAAAGAGUGAGACUUGCGACAUGUUCAUGCACCUUGACGUGAAUUCCGAGGUGUACCCCAUCAAAGAAGGCGAGAAAUUCUCCAUGGCUCUCACCUCUACCCUCAAUCUUGAUGGCACCCCUGACUCUGGCUAUUUCACCCCGGGAAAUCGCAAGACAUUGGCUGAUGAAUAUGAAUAUGUCAUGCAAGGGAAACUUUACAAAAUUUCAGAAGGCUCUAAACGUGAUCCUAAAGCGGAGGUAAAUGCUUCAUUUGGUGGCCUUCUAAUGAUGCUGAAGGGGGAAUCCGCUCAAUUCAAGAACUUUGAACUUGAUCAGAGGUUGUUUCUCCUGAUUAGGAAGCUGUGAAUCUCUAUGGAAUUGCUUGUAGUGCUGUCCUGAUAUGUCUUUAACUUCGUUCAGAACUCUGACAGUUGACAUUUGGUUAGGAUGAGUACAGCUUACAUAAACCUGUUGUCACUGCAUCUAUUUUAAGUGGUGUGGAUGUGUGGUAUCAUUUAGAGACAUGAAUGGUAGGGCAGGUUACAGCUUUAUGAAACUCGUUUUUAUUUAGCUUAUUAUUUUAUGAAAUUUAACUAUAAAAUAAAAGUUUUGGCAAAACUAUGCCGUAUUACUUUAAUU